AUGUCGAAUAAAUUUCCACCAUCCAAUACAGAAAUCUUACGAAGACUACUAGUACAUUCGGAUGGUCGUGACAAAACUUUAAAAAUAGUUCAAUAUGUAGGAAAAAUUAUACUCUGGUUGAAUUUUUAUCGAAAAUCAAAGGAUUAUAAAAAAUCUUCGUUUUAUCGAAUUUUUCCAAUCCCACCAGAAAUAUUUUUAAGAUUUAUUAAUGGUUCAACACCUUCUUAUAUUCCUCGAAUAAAAAUUAUGGUUGAUGAAUUUUCCAAAACACGUAAAAUAAUUCGUUUGGCUCAUUUCCUUGAACCAUAUGCUGAAUUACGUAAAUAUUAUAUUGGAAAAAUCGAUAAACCUGAUGGUGAUGAUUUUAAUGAAGAAUUAAUGAUAUUUUAUUUAAGAUGGGUAAAUUCUCUUGUUGGAUUUACAAAUGAUAUUUUUGAUGAUUUAUAUUGUUUGGAUCAUUUAUAUUAG